AUGGCAUACUUCGACAUGCGACAGCCACGCGGCAGUAGGCGGACCACUGCUCUCAGCAUCCUCCUGGGCGUCGUCUUCGUCUACUUCCUUUACAGCAUCCGUAACACCUCGAUCGACCAGUCCGAACUCCGCUUACGAGUCCAAACGUCCGCCGCCGAAAACCCUCUGUCUCCCCCGACCUCAGCCUUUCGCAAGCAACCCCACGCUCAAAAUGCCCAUGGCGUCCGUCGUCCGCCUCCCGUCGUCCACUAUCAACUCAACAACCUGACCGCCUCGGCGUUGCCCAUCGAAAAGCACGAGAAAGUUCUCAUUCUCACCCCCCUCGCCCGGUUCUACCCCGAAUACUGGGCCAAUCUUCUGGCCCUGAGCUACCCUCACGAGCACAUCAGCCUGGGUUUCAUCACUCCCAAGUCGAAGGAAGGCAAUGCGGCAACCGCCGCUCUACAAGAAGCAAUCAGGGAGACGCAAGCAGGUCCGGAAGAGAAGCGAUUUCAAUCGGUGACCAUUUUGCGGCAAGAUUUCGAGCCUCCGUUGGCUUCACAAGAUGAAAAGGAGCGGCACAAGAUGGAAAAUCAAAAGGUCCGGCGCGCAGCCAUGGCCCGGGCACGGAACAGCCUGCUCUUUACCACCAUCGGUCCGCACACGUCUUGGGUGUUGUGGUUGGAUGGCGACGUGGUCGAAACUCCCCCUACGCUGAUACAGGAUCUGGCGAGUCACGAUAAAGCCGUCAUCGCCCCGAGCUGCAUGCAGCGAUUCGUCAACGACGAUGGGGAGGAAGAUAUCCGGCCUUACGACUUCAAUACCUGGCGCGACAGUGACGUCGCCCAGGAGCUCGCCAGCAAGAUGGGCCCGGACGACAUUCUUCUCGAAGGAUAUGCGGAGAUGGCCACGUACAGAACGCUCAUGACCAAGCUGGCCAAGCUGGGUAGCGGUCGCGACGAACGGCGCCUGAUGCCGUUGGACGGUGUGGGUGGUACGGCUCUGUUGGUGAAGGCCGAGGUGCACCGAGACGGGGCCAUGUUUCCUGCUUUUCCCUUCUAUCAUCUCAUCGAGACGGAGGGCUUUGCUAAGAUGGCGAAGCGGCUUGGGUUCGAAGUUUGGGGUCUUCCUGAUUACUUUGUGUACCAUUAUAAUGAAUAG